AUGUCCAUCUUACUUUUCUUGGUAUUUUUCCCAUUGUUUAGUUUAGGACACAGACAAGAGGGUUGUGAGGAUUCUUGGUGCAAGAGUCAUGGUCCCAUCGUUCAUUUCCCAUUCAGACUCAGUCAUCAACCAAAACAUUGUGGCUAUGAUCCUGGAUUUGAACUACAUUGCAACAAUAAAAAAGACACCAUCCUUGAGCUUCCUUCGUCUGUUCACUUAGUUGUUGAAAAGAUUGAUUAUGUCUCACAGCAAAUUCACCUUUAUGUCGAGUGCAUAGCAGCCAAGCUACCAAAACUGAAUUUGUCACAAUCUAAUUUCACAAAUGAUGACGAUCCCACAGACCUAUUUAAUUGUUCUGCACCAUUCUCAGACAAUAAUUAUGAUUAUUACUUGGUUCCAUGUCUUGGUUCUCCUGGUUACCAAGUACAUGCUGUUGCUUUGACUUCAAGACUUCAAUACUUCUUGUCUGGGCCUUGCACAAAAAUUCAUCAGUACCCAUACUCAGAUUCAACAUUUGGUGAGAACAUGCUGCAGCUGAAUUGGUCUGUACCACUCUGUGGAAACUGUGAGUCCAAAUGA